UUCACACCUAAGCUUUUUCUGCAGUGUUUUUCAGAAACGCAGUACAGUCCAUUUAACAUGAUUUCUUAUGAGACAUGUUCACAUCUCCGCGUUUUCACCCGGUGCAUUUUUUGGAAAGGGUCAGGGACUUUUUUAAACGCAAACAGUUGCAUUUUGAUUCUAUAGACUUCAACGGAAACACUGCAGAAAAGCAUGUAUUGCAUUUUUGAUGCAUUUUAAAUCUGCCUAGCAACAAGAAAAAGAAAAAAAAGCAGAUGCGAAAAUGCAAAACGCAAUGCAGAAAUGGAUCAAACUCAACCUGCAUAGGUGUGAACCUAGC